GCAUUGAUAAUCCGGUGUGUUGGCUCUCGGAGGCACCUCUCAUCUUCAACUCCGCCUUCCUGGCCUGCAUUUCAGCCCCGAGCACACCACACUGCAGCUCGCCUCACUUGCAUCUUACUCGCAUAGAAAAAGUCAGACGUUUUUUUUAGGGUCAUUGAAAGACUAGAAGACUUGUAAAUAUCACUGUCGCUGGUCCAACUUUACCUUCAAGCUUUUUUUCACAACAAUUCUUCGAACGUAGUCGCAUUCACUAGCCUCGUAUACUACCCCCUUAUUUACUUAACAGCUUUUACCCGGCUCAGCUGGGCAAAGCUGCCUAUCACGAUGCCCAACCCAUCUACCGCUUUGAAAAAGCAGCAGAUUACUUUGGCACAACUAUCAUCGUACGACGAUAUAUUAACGGACGCAUUAGUCGAUCAUGUGUACUACUGGACAACUAUACCGAAGAAUCGCCCUUCCUAUCAUCCCUCGCGGGGUGUAAAAGAAGAGGAAAUUGCAAAAAUAAUUCAAACGCACCUCGUUGUCGACCCGAAUAUCGAAACGGCCGAGUCUAAACUCCUUGCGACAGAUGGAUUGCGCAAGUUUCACGAUGCACUGAGAACGCCCAAGGAGAAGGAUGACUUCCGGGCUCAUCUUCGCCGAUAUAUGCAAAUUUACCUUCCCGAUUGUCCCUUCGAAGUUGGUUCGACAAAUCGCUACACGAUCGUAACUCACGAGGCUGCUAUAACCGCACGCAGGUAUAUCAAGAGGGGGCAACCAAUCAAAUACCUCUCGGGAAUCCAGGUGUUGAUUACGGAGAAGGAAGAGAAGGAACUUUCGAAAAGGAAGAAGGAUUUCAGUAUUGUUGUGAGUGCGAGGAAUAAAUGCGCCAGCUUAUUUAUGGGGCCCGCACGAUUCGCAAACCACGAUUGCGAAGCGAAUGCGCGCUUGAUGAUUACUGGCCAAGCAGGAAUUGAAAUCAUCGCAGCGCGUGACAUCGACGUAGGGGAUGAGAUCACGGUCACAUAUUCCGAGAACUAUUUCGGCACGGAUAACUGCGAAUGUCUAUGCAAAUCUUGUGAAGACAAUUUGGUGAAUGGGUGGGCUCCGGCUGAUGGCACUGUUGCCGUUAAGAAGAGUAUCGAAGCAACUUCUAUGGAGGGAUAUUCAUUACGGCAUAGAAGACGAGACGACAGUUGUGCGUCCGCUUCUCGAACUCCUUCAGUCACUCCUGAUAUCCGACCAAGAAUUUUGAAGACACGAUCCAAGACACUGAAAAUGGACUCUGAAAGGGGGUCUAGUUUUGGGUCCCCGGCUCCCCAAGGUAUUUUGCGCCAGAAGCGGAAGCGGGAAUUUGAAUCGCUGCAAUCGCCACCAGUCACUCCAGAUAAAAAGUUGAAAUCGCUGCAAUACGAAGAAAUUCAGGUUGCAUCAGUUCCCCCAAGCCUGACUAGAAGAAGCAGCGAUGAAGAUUCGUCUAGCGCGCACUCUUCUCAAAGCGGAAGCGCAGACAUGGUUUUAACAGAUGUAACAACACCCGAAGAAGACAUCAAGGAGCCUAUCAUGCAGUCGCCGACAUUAACACCGAUGAAAUUACCAACAACUUCACUAAAACGGGAGGACUCUGAAACAUCUUCACUUUCUGAGAUUUCACUUACUCCUUCGAUCGACGACAGCGAGGCUCAAGAUUCAAUCGCAGUAGCGCCUUUACCCACGAUUGAAAGCAUAACUCAACCUGAUGAUACGAUCGCAAGUUCUCAGAUGUCGAGUGAGGCUGAUGAGUCGUCAGCAGAUAUUAUUGCUCUUCCACCGCCAGUCAACCCUGUCAAUCCCAUCUCUAGCACAACAGAAGUAAUAGUCUCGACAUUAACAGCAACCGAGUUAUCAAUUUCUACAGAGGACUCUAGUCCUAAACGAGGUCGUCCAAGGGGUAGGCCGCCGAAGGGCGAGCAAUCACCUUCCAGCCCUACAAUUGAAGAGUCUAAUGCUCCUAUCCGUAUUCGAACUCCGGGAGAUUAUACGCUUACCCCGGUGCUUCUCUCCGAGCCUAACACUGCUUGGAUACACUGCACUGUAUGUAGUGAACCGUUUGUGCAACAAAAUGCAUACUACACCCGCAGCUCUUGUCCACGAUGUGAGCGUCACUCAAAGUUGUAUGGUUACCAAUGGCCUAAAACCGAGAAGGAGGGCAAGCAUGAUAAAGAGGAGCGUGUCCUGGAUCAUCGCACGGUCCAUCGAUUCUUAACGGCAGAAGAUGAAGCAAAGAUCCGGGGACGAAGAUUCCUACCUUCUGGCUCUAUCAGCGAGACGCCAGAGAAGAGACCGAGGGGUCGACCUCGAAGAGCAUAUGGCGAUCCCGGUUUCGACGAUGAGUUACAAGACGAUCAAAACGACGAACUUAAUAGCAUUAGACGCAGCACAAGAAGGCGGCAGCUAAGUCUCAAAGCUGCUAGCUAGUAUAUACAUAUUUGAGACGGCUGUCGAAAGGGUAUUAAUUAGGUUUUAUUCCUUGUGGAAAUCCGACAGCCUUUCCAUCAAUCAACUAUGAUGGAAAUUUGUAACAUGUUGAGAUUCCUCAAGCAUUUCCACGGCGUUCUGUGUCAUAGCGUCUGCAUUAUUCAUGUGUUCCAGCUUCGAUUGUAUACUAGCAAUAUAGUUAUUAUAUACUAUCAAAAUACACUGCAGCGUAACUGUUCAAACAAUCUCUUAUCUGAGUGAUCCUAUUGCUACCAAUCAAUUGGUCGUUCGCUAAUAUCUCAAUUUCCAAGUCUGCAAAUAAUAUUUUAGACUAGAAAAUAGAGUCUUUGAAUCUAGUUCUUGGAUUGUUACCCUAAACGUGACCUACUAGCAGCCUAGGUCUUGUGUCUCGUGACACGUACAAUUUCCUCAAAUUACCAAAAAUAAAUAGAAAUAAUUCCGAUAAAGUUGACAAUGGUCAUAGAAUGAGAAUCGACCUGUCAUUAAAUUUCCACUAAGUUUAUACGUCUUCACAAACAAUUGAAAGUGAAGACUCAAAUCGACGUGUAUGAGGAUUCAGGAGAACCAUCAACCACGGCGUGACGUCAACCCCCCGCGUUUAAGUAUCCAAUAGUGGGCAGGUACAGCUGUUCCAGUGCUUCUCAGGGGCAGAUUGGCGGCCUCCUCUUGAAACAAACUC